AUGCCUGCCACCACGGCGGACACCUUAUCCCUCGUCAACCGCAGCGUCACGGUUGCUCCGUUAGUCCUGCUCUCCGUCGCCGAUCAUUACGGGCGGACGGCGAAAGGCACCCGGAAGCGUGUAGUCGGUGUGCUACUUGGCGAGAACUCUGGCAAUAAUGUGCGGGUAUCCAACAGUUUCGCAGUACCAUUCGAGGAAGAUGAGAAAGACCCAUCAGUAUGGUUCCUAGACCACAACUUUGUCGAGUCGAUGAGAGAUAUGUUCAAGAAGAUCAAUGCUCGCGAGAAGCUUGUCGGCUGGUAUCACUCUGGCCCCAAGUUGCGCGCCUCCGAUCUGGAAAUCAAUGAACUCUUCAAGAAAUACACCCCUAAUCCCUUGCUGGUUAUUGUCGACGUACAACCUAAGGAAGUUGGCGUCCCCACAGAUGCUUAUUUUGCCGUGGAUGAGAUCAAAGAUGACGGAACCACAACCUCCAAGACCUUUGUGCAUACACCGUCGAUAAUCGAAGCUGAAGAAGCGGAGGAAAUUGGUGUGGAACAUCUGCUACGGGAUAUCAGGGACGUCGCAGUCGGCACGCUCUCUACACGGAUCACCUCACAGCUGCAAUCAUUGCAAGGCUUGCAUCUCCGCCUGCGUGAUAUCGGCCAAUACCUCCAAAAAGUCCUCGAUCACGAACUUCCGGUCAAUCACGCUAUCCUGGGUAACCUACAGGAUGUCUUCAAUCUCCUCCCCAACCUUUCGACCCCAGCUCAAACACCAAGAAUCAGCGGCCAAGAGACACAGAUGGAGAACAGCGAGCUUGCUCGAGCUAUGAGCGUGAAGACGAAUGACCAGCUGAUGGCCAUCUAUAUCAGCAGCUUGAUCCGUGCUAUUACAGCAUUCCACGAUCUGAUCGAGAACAAGAUCCAAAACCGACAGCAGCAAGAGGAGAAUGAAUCGAAGCGCGAGCAGGAGCUUAAUGCGGCUAAGGGAGAUAAGGAUACUAAGAAGGCUAAUGGUUCGACCAACGGUGACCAGAAGGAGGAGGAGCAGGAGGUUUCCGAUAAGAACAAGAAGACUUAA